AUGACAAACGACCAGCUUUCGCCCGUUGCGCCGGCGCGUGUCCGAGUCCUCGUCCUACCCGCCGGCCGCAUCAAGAGGCUCCGCUUCAGCUCCUUCCUACAACGACUGCACCAGCACGACAGCGUCCGCCUAGGAGACAUCAGUCCAGAUGCCAAAACCGCAAACAACCUCUUCUCGCCUUUGGCCUUUCCAAAUGGCUCCCUUCUGUACAACUUCUCCACUGCAAUGCCUCCGCCGUCGCAUACUCAAUUGGCCCCAUUCGACCUGUUCAGAGAGCAUAUGAUGGUCAUAGGCAUUGCCGAUGCGAAAGAGUACGAGUCUUCACCCAAAGAUGAGCUACAGGCCGUAUCAGACAGCUUGGCUGAACAGCACCCUAAGAUACUCGUCUCGCAGCUGCUAGUCAUGGAUUGUACACGAGAGCAGCAGCAAGCCUGGAAUCUGGACUCGGCCAUCUGUGUUCCACCAUCGCAUGCCUCAAAGACAACUACCAUGAACACCAUCAUGUGCGAUAUUUCUGCUAAGCUGCUCUCCGAGAUGGGGACCUAUGCCACAGCCGUUCAAGCUCUCCCAAGCGUUCAGUCACCAGGCGCUCCCAUCUCUCGUCCGCAGCUAGACCGCUCUUCGUCGUUACGCAUCGAAUCUCCACGACCAGCGUCGCCCGCCGAUUCUUCUGCCGUUAUGUCGCCCUCCGAAACUCCCCCACCUCGGGGUCCACCUACCAACUUUGAUGACAUGGGCGCGCACACAAGAUCAGACAGCGGCAAGAUUGCGAAUAGGGAUCGCAUGUCCACCCAGUCGUUCGCUUCCAACAGCGCCCAAGAAAGAGCAAGAAACAAAGGCAAAGCAAGAGUUGGCAUUGUUGUCGGCAAUCUGUACAUGUUAGCUGGACGCUGGAACGAUGCCUGGCGAGAGCUUGUCGAGUACACAAACAAGGCUCGUACCGCCUCUGACUAUCUGUGGUAUGCAAAGGGCCUGGAGAGCAUUGUAGUCUGUAUGCUUCUGCUCAUCUGGUCUGGCUUCGAUUUUCCAAUCCCUGCCAUCUGCAAUUCUGGUCCCGAUAGAUCUUCGUCCAUCAUCUCCUCGGCCAUCACCAGAGAUGGCGUACCACCCAUAGGCCAGCAAGACCCUGCUGCCGCCAAGCAAGCCGCGUCAAGAGCCUCCAGACUACUUCCCGAUUUGAUACCUAUGAUCAUAUCUAUAUACGAGAGAACGAGCACACUAGCUGGUGAGCCCAUGUCUCCCGUUGCUUACUCGGAAAGUGUCUUGAGACUUUCAAAGUUGCUUGCCUUUCUACAAAAUGCAGGCGGUGAGCUAGACUCUACCAUACUGCAAAAGAUCGCAUCCACAUCAAGUUAUUCCUUGUAUCAACCAAAAGUCAAUGCUGGUUUCUCUGGUGCAAACUCAAAGCAUGCCAUUGCUGAUAUGGCUAUUCGUGCAUACCCUCCGCCAAGUGCUGGCGUUCCCAUUGCCGAUACGAUAGCCAUACAGUCAGGCAUAGUCUCUGUCCUUUCCAUGCUUGGUUUUGAGCGAAAGAAAGCUGUCGUUGUAAAGGAGAUGAUUACCCUUCUUGUACCAGCAUUGGUGCAAGCCAGAAAAGUAGGUGCCGCUGAGAUGGGUAUACACCCUGCUGCAAGUCUGUCUGCUGCCUUUGGUGCUGGAAUGCCCACUGCAGAAGACAACGAUGAACAAGUGGGCCUUGGAAAUAUUCUACGCGAUCUACAUUCUGUAUAUGGUGCUCGUGAUCGAAAACAUCUCGACUCGAAAAAUGAGGCGUCAGAAAGUGAGCAAGAAAACGUUCUGGAUGUGAUGAUCAAUGCUACGAUUGCGUUGGCUACCCAGUCGGCUGGAACGAAAUCGUUCGGCAGCAUCAAUCUAAAGAUCGAUAUACUCAGAGCGUGUAUCGAUUUUUGUGAGGCAAUGCCAGAUUUACCUGGCGUCGUGCAUUUUUCUGCUUUGUUGCUACGAGUGGUUGGUCCGCAAGGCACCAUGACUGCGCAUGAGCACAACCGCCGUGUCACGAUGGUCACAGAGGAGCAACUCAGGUUAGUCUCCAAUAUGGCAAGAACGAUCAACGCUGCGGACAAGAUCGGCCUACCAGAAGUUCGAACUUCAUAUUGGGACGACUUUCUUGUUCGCGAUGUCCAAUGGACUGACGAUACAAACAAAGAAAAGCUGCGAGAGCGUCACAGGUCUGAUCUGUUUGACACCGACAACAAGCCUGGGAAGUCACCAUUUUUGUACAACCCCUUCGUCAAAGAGAUCCACAAGACAGAAGAUAAGGUUGUCGUUGUUGGCGAGCCGGCCGAGCUUGUUGUUACCUUGCAAAAUCCAUACGAUUUUGAGAUCCGCAUUGAGCAUUUGUCUCUAGUCACCGAUGGCCCCUCCGUCGAGGUCGACGAUCGUACCAUUGUCUUGGGGCCUGCUCGACUGCAAGAUGUUAUAAUAACUGGACGCGCCAAGGAAGAGGGCCAUAUUCGUAUCAUCGGAUGCUCUAUCCAGGUGUUUGGCUGCAAAGAGCAAGUCUUCCCCAUCCAUCAGUCGACUUGGAAACCAGAGUUUCCUAUCAAGAUGAAGGAGCUUGGCCUCGCGGCUCGUGAGUCAGCAUCUGCUACCGCGCAGUCAAGAGUCUCCAAGGGCCGCUCAGCAAGACCUGUCCUCCCUAAAUCGACCAUCGUUGCAGCUGUUGCCAUUCAAUCUCAACCACAUGUUGUUGUUGACAGCAUUGACCUCUCCGAGUCUGCUUUAAUGGUUCUCGAAGGCCAGAAGAAAACAUUCCAAAUUUCUCUACGAAACACAUCAUCACAAGUCACCGUUGACUUCCUUCACAUAUCGUUUGACGACUCUUUGACGUCCUCUAUCCACACCGCAUUAGCAGCCAAAGAGUUGACCAAGCCAGAUAUGUAUGGACUUGAGCUUGAGUUGUCCAACAAUCCUACAUUUACAUGGGCUCGAUCAAAUGGUGGCCAAGACAUGACCAUUUUGCCAGGAGAGAAGGCAACUUUUGACAUCACCGUACUCGGAAAGCCAGGUCUUGCAGCCGCCAAGAUCAUGUUCGACUACGCAUAUCUGGGAAAGCCUUUUUCGGAGGUCGAAGGCCGGGCGUUCACUCGCCAAGUCGCAGUACCAAUCGAUAUUACUGUCAAUGCAAGUAUCCAACUCCACCGAAUGGAUUUCAGCGAAUUUCCCGCCGACUUUGCCUGGACGAACCGAGGGCUGCAGGAACAAGGUCAACGGCCGAAAACACCGCGGUCGCCAUCACAUCCGGUAGAGAAGGGCAACGACCGCUUCCGCACAUUGCUAGAUCGUGUGGGCUUGGAAUCGAGCAAUGAAGAACAUUGUCUACUCCUUCUCGACCUGCGCAAUUCGUGGCCAAAUCCAUUGACUGUAUCGGUACAGGUGCGUUCCUCAUCUUCAGACAAAAGCUGGGACCGCGCCUACACGGUUCAUGAAGUCAUUCACCCUGGUCAUGUGGCUCGUCUUGUGUUACUGCUGCCUCGCCUGCACAUUGUCAACCCUCACGCACCCAUUCCAAUCCUCUCCCAGCAGAAUCAACGUCAGUUUGUUGUUUCUGCCGACGGACCCGUAUCUGCCGAUCUCGAGCGCGCAACACGAGAACAUUUCUGGUUCCGAGAGGAAGUACUCAAGUACCUUCGCGGCACAUGGGAGGAGAAAGGCUCAGACCGAAACGGCAGCAUCGAUCUCCGUGGUCUAAGACUGAGUCAGAAGAUGAUUGAAACCAUACGUCUUCAAGACGUCAACAUCUCCAUGUCUAUUGCAGCUACAGAAAACGAGCAUGUUGAACAGACUGGCCGCAGCAAGUUCAUCGUCAAAGCAGAAAGUCUGUUGACACUACGCACGACUAUACACAACAGGAGCAAUGCCUCUGUAAAAGCGCUCCUGCGUCUUCAACCCACACUCGCAAAUCAAACUUCUGCAGAAGCCAGUCUGGAUAUCUCUCGCCGCUUGCUGUUCAGUGGUGUAUUGCAGCAAUGCUUGCCUGUUCUUGCUCCACAUGCCUUCAUCACUGCUGAAGUUGGCAUCUGCCCUUUGGUCAGUGGUGAAUUUGAGAUUAGUGCUCUGAUAGAAGAGAUUGCAUUGGCAGUGCCUGAAGACGUCAAAGAGAUUGGCGAGGAGGUAGAGACGGUUGAAGACUUUGAAGCAGGCAAAGAAGGGUUGACGAGAAAGGAACGGCGGGUCUGGAGAGGUGAGGAAGGGUGCAGAAUUGUCGCUGUCUGA